GGGACUCUGGGGUGGGCUGUUCUCUCGGGCAGGGCGUCCUCUCACUUGUGUCUGGCUCUGGUGUCGGGGUAGCCUGGUUGUUCUUACUCUGUAUCGCAAAGGAUAUCGCGGCUAUCGCGGGGGUGGAGUUGCACGGGAGUCGCGGCGGGGCCCGGGGCUCUCGGUCUAACGCUCUAUCGGGACGUUUGGCGUUGUCGCGACAUAUCGCCGCCAUGGGCUGCACGGUGAGCGCCGAGGACAAAGCGGCGGCCGAGAGAUCCAAGAUCAUCGACAAAAACCUGAGGGAGGACGGAGAGAAGGCGGCGCGGGAGGUGAAGCUGCUGCUGCUGGGUGCAGGAGAAUCUGGAAAAAGCACCAUCGUCAAACAGAUGAAGAUUAUCCAUGAGGACGGGUACUCAGAGGAGGAAUGCCGGCAGUACCGAGCUGUUGUUUACAGUAACACCAUCCAGUCUAUAAUGGCCAUAAUAAAGGCAAUGGGAAACCUGAAGAUAGACUUUGGAGACACAGCCAGAGCGGAUGAUGCCCGGCAGCUCUUUGCAUUGUCAUGUACAGCAGAAGAACAGGGAAUACUACCAGACGACCUGGCCGGAGUCAUCCGCAGACUGUGGGCAGAUCAGGGUGUGCAAGCCUGCUUCAACCGAUCCCGUGAAUACCAGCUCAACGACUCGGCUGCCUAUUACCUGAAUGAUCUGGAGCGGAUUGCCCGGUCAGACUAUGUGCCGACACAGCAGGACGUCCUGAGGACGAGAGUGAAGACCACGGGCAUUGUGGAGACACAUUUCACCUUCAAGGAUCUCCACUUUAAGAUGUUUGAUGUUGGUGGACAGCGGUCUGAGCGGAAAAAAUGGAUUCACUGCUUCGAGGGGGUGACUGCCAUCAUCUUCUGUGUGGCUCUCAGUGCUUAUGACCUUGUUUUAGCAGAAGAUGAGGAGAUGAACCGCAUGCAUGAAAGCAUGAAGCUUUUUGACAGCAUCUGCAACAAUAAGUGGUUUACAGAGACCUCUAUCAUUCUCUUCCUCAAUAAGAAGGAUCUGUUUGAAGAGAAGAUCACCCAGAGUCCACUCACAAUCUGUUUCCCAGAAUACACAGGUGCCAACCAGUAUGAUGAAGCCGCCAGCUACAUCCAGAGCAAGUUUGAGGACCUGAAUAAGAGACGCGACACCAAGGAAAUCUACACACACUUCACCUGUGCAACUGACACAAAAAAUGUCCAGUUUGUGUUUGAUGCAGUGACAGAUGUGAUCAUCAAAAACAACCUGAAGGACUGUGGUCUCUUCUAAUCCCAGGGGUCGGUGGCCGUCAGCAGGAGACGGGGGAGCAGAGAGCAUAUUGUCCCUCUGGAUUUUACACUUUUUAUCCUGAGUGUCUCAUUUUGUAAUUAACCUAUCCUCUGCUGGAUGGAGUCUGUUGUGGGGAGCAGUACUCUGUGCAAGGCUGAGCUUUGCCAUGUUGGUUUAUUAACCCCUAAAGCCUUCACCCCUGGAAGUUCUGUGCUUCCCUCUGCCUUCUGAAGAACCUGACAUGGUCAUGUUUAGGGUUUUUAUUUUCAUUCUGGUUCUGCAGAUGUUUAAAGCACAACUUGUGUUCCGCAGAGGCAGGGGGACACUGGGCGCAGAAUGGCACAGGGGUUUGAAUCUCCCACAGCCUCCUAUUCCUGGAUUGCCUUGGACAUUUUCAUAGCGUGCAUUUUCAGUCGCCAUGGCUGCAGGGCUUUGUCCGUGCAUGUAACGGUUACAUGGCUGUUAGCUCCUCGAUUACAAGGAGCAGCACACAGCAGUAGUAAAAGCCAGAACCAUGGCGCAUCUGCAGAUUUAACACAUUCUUGUCCAAGGAUAAAUUAAAUCUGCACUGCCUUGUGGGCUGCAGCUUUUCCUGGUUUGUGGUUAACGAUUGCUUCUUUCUGUAUCAUAAUCAUUUUAUUGCCAGAUAGGGAUGUAUACAGCAACAUCCAAUCACCCGUCUCCCCUGCCCCGCUAGAUACCACGUGCACAGCACUUCAUCAAUGGUGGUUUAACCUCUCUGCUGAAAUCUACAUUCCUGUUAAAGAAAGGGUGUAAUAGAGGAAAGUAAGUGAACUUAGACUCUAGAUGUGUGGCUGGCAGCAUUUUUCCUCUGACCGUGGGGGUUGGCAAAUAUAUGGCCCGGAGAUUAUUACCUGUAGCUUAUGUGCCUUCAGCUGUUCUGUGUGGUUCUUGUUUUUUUUUUUUUUUUUUUUUUGUU